CUUUAAAUAUUGAGUGUAGAGAGUGCAGUCAUGAUCAAAUAAAGACAGGGACAAGACUGCAUAGCUUUGUUUAAAUGUGAUGACACCUGUUAAUCAGUCGGUCUCGUCUGGUUUGGAGCAGGGUCAAUGAUGGCUCUCACUGUGCGCUGUUUCCUGUUGGCCCUGCUUUUUCUGGGAACCGAGGUGCGCAUCCACACUCAUGGUCAAGAGAUGAGUGUGUCUGAGGACUGGAGCAAGUCUUGCAAAUGUGAAUGUGAUGGAGCAGAAUCCCCAACUGAAUUUCCGUCUACUAGCUCUGGCUCUUUGAAGGUGCAAGGAGUGGACUGCAUGCCAGAGUGUCCGUACCACAAACCUCUGGGCUUUGAGGCCGGAUCAGUGAGUCCAGACCAGAUCAUCUGCUCCAACCAGGACCAGUACACUGGUUGGUUCUCCUCGUGGCUCCCAAGCAAGGCCCGGCUCAACAGUCAGGGCUUUGGGUGUGCGUGGCUGUCUAAGUUCCAGGACAGCAGUCAGUGGCUGCAGAUUGACCUGAGGGGGGUGAUGGUGGUGUCAGGGAUCCUGACUCAGGGUCGCUGUGAUGCUGAUGAAUGGGUCACCAAGUAUAGUGUUCAGUACCGCACAGACGAAAAACUCAACUGGAUCUAUUACAAAGACCAGACUGGAAACAAUAGGGUGUUUUAUGGAAACUCGGACCGCUCCUCGUCUGUACAGAACCUCCUGCGGCCACCCAUUGUGGUGCGCUACAUCCGCAUCCUCCCCCUUGGGUGGCACACACGCAUCGCUCUGCGCCUGGAGCUGCUGCUCUGCAUGAACAAAUGCGUUUGAACCUCUCCUUCCACUGUCCCCAAGUCCUAGUCCCAAAACCUCAUCCACUAUAAACCUAAAGCUCCGUCAUCAAAGUGUGUGGUUUGUUAUUUUAUCCACAAAUUUGACCCCCACCAGCUACAUGUAUAAAAUCAAAACCUGAGGUAAAAAUAUUCUGUUUAAAUCAUUUUAAAAACACAAACAAAACAGUUUGACUUGCGGGAUUUCAUUUAAAAAUUUGUUUGAUAUGCUCAAUGAGCUUUCAUUCACUCCACUCUCCAUUGUCUGUGUUGAACCACUCUCACACCGGGGGCUUUAAGUUCUCAAUAGAUUGGUCCUUUUGCAGUGGAAUGGCAUAAAUUCAAAGCAAUAAUUAGACAUGGACAGGGAGAAGCAGCGUUGCUAUGGAGGUUGUUUUCACAGGCCUGAGACAAGCUCAUCCAAAACAUUUGUGUCCUGUCACAGGUGAAUUUUUGUCUCCAUCCCUGAUAAUUAGUGGUU